AUGGAUACUGGAUUUCAUAUCCCGGUUUCAUUCGAGAGCUUAGAUGCCCAGUACUUAACAUUUGGAUAUACGAGGAUAGGGGACACUUUGACACCCAUUUUCCCUGUCGGAUUUCGCAGCGCUCUUGUCCCGAUGUGGGCAACUGUGCCAGCCAUCUUCGCAGUUGAGCGUUACGAGGCGGAGAAGAAGAAGGAGAAGAAGAAGAAGGAGGAGGAGAGGGAGUUGGAGGAGAGGGAGUUGGAGGAGAGGGAGGCGGAGGUGGAAAGGAGAGAGGAGAGGGCGGAGAGGGGGAGGGGGGAGCUGCAGGUGUGGCAGCGGGAGGUUUGGGAGUGGGAGCAGGAGGUGGAGGGGGACAAGAAGGAGGUGUGGCAGCGAGAGAGGGCGGCGCGGCGCCGCGAGAGGGACUGUCUUUAG